AUGGGAAAACGCAAGUGUCCUCAGAAUAAAAAGCAAGAUGGCGUUUGUGGCUGCCCUUCGUUUUGGAGGCGCUCUAAAGCUAAUCCACUACCCAACGUCAAGGACUUGUCUACACCAAGCACAAAGCUCCCUCCCGAUACUAUUGUCGUUGACAGCGAGCUUGAGGAUGACGGCGACUUGCAUCAGCGAAAGCGACGAAAGCGAGGGCAUAAUGUCUUCCGUCAAGAUGGCGAGGUAGGUCCUGCGAGAUCGAAGCUCUCAACGUACACGAAUAGCAAAGUCUUGAUUGCAAAGCAUCCUGGACACAAACAAGAUAUCGCAAAGAUGAGCCCACGAGCACAGGAGAAGGCGGCCGUGAAGGAGGAGGCGAAGGUGAACACGCCGGUACGGAUCUUGGUCGAAUAUCUCUUACCCACUGGUGCUGAGCGGUUGGAUUGGGAUACAGACGAAGUCCGUAGAAUGGCUGGCGAGAUCGAGGGUGGAGCAUACAGGGCUUAG